AUGGAUAAUCCAAUUCCUGGUUGGAGUAUCGAGACAGAACUCCCUGUGCCUGAUCAGAAUAAGUCCCUCGGGGUAGAUCAUGGGCUAGUUGAGCUGUUAUGGCAAAAUGGGCAGGUAGUUUUAAACAGCCAGGCGCAUCGAAAACCGGGCUAUGGCAUCGACGAGUCGAGACAACAUCGUAAACACGAAGAAUCAAGAAUUAGAAGCAGUGGAAAUCCAAGUGAUUUGAUUGAAGUUGAUGAAACAGAUUCAUGGAUUCAUUGUCCUAUUGAUGAGUCCUUUGAAAAAGAGCUCUUAUGGCAAUUUGAAGGCAACAAGUUUUCGAGUCCAAAUCCAUUGCCACCUCCAAGAUUUGAAACAGGGUAUCAAUCGUCCAAGCAGCAUCAGAACUUGGGACAAAAUACGGGUCGACUUAGAGGGCAGGGAGAGCAUUCGAUUAUGACGGUGGGAUCGAGUCAUUGUGGCAGCAAUCAAGUUGUAAAUGAGUUGCGUAUGAACCGGGUGGCAGCCGGCAAGAAUUACUGUGGGAAAUUAAGUCCACAGAGUGAGAGCAUGGAAAGAGUGACACUUGAAACAGCUAUUACAACAUCUUCAGGUGGAUCUGGUAGUAGUUUUGGGAAAACAACAUGCAAUCUGUCUACUGACAACAAUUCCCACAAAAGAAAAAUCAGAGAUGGAGAAGAUACAGAAUGCCAAAGUGAGGCUGUUGAAUUGGAGUCUGCUGGAGGAAAAAAAUCGUCGCAAAAAUCUGCUACCACUCGUAAGAGCCGCACAGCUGAAGUGCAUAACUUGUCGGAGAGGAGAAGGAGGGACAGGAUCAAUGAGAAGAUGAGAGCAUUACAGGAGCUUAUACCUCACUCCAACAAGUCAGAUAAAGCAUCCAUGUUAGAUGAGGCAAUUGAAUACAUGAAGUCACUGCAAUUGCAAGUUCAGAUGAUGUGGAUGGGAAGUGGAAUGGCACCAAUGAUAUUUCCAGGUGUGCAGCAAUACAUGUCAAGAAUGGGAAUGGGAAUGGGGAUUGUUCCUUCAAUCCACAAUGUCCCUAUGCAUUUACUGAGGAUGCCAAUGCAAGUUGAUCAACAAAUCAAUAUGCAAAAUCAGGCUGCCAUUCAUCAAAACCCUGCGUUGAAUCCAGUUCAUUAUCAAAGCCAAAUGCAAAAUUCAAAAUUUCAUGAUCAAUAUGCCAAUUACAUGGCCUUCCAUCAACUCCAAAAUGCCUCCCAGCCUAUGAACAUGUUCAACUUUGGGUCCCACACCCACACAUCCCAGCAGAAUCACAUGCAACCACCACCUGCCAAUGGCAAUGGGUCGACCGGACAGUUAUAA